UACAGUUGAUUCAUUUUUGAAUGCAUGUUGACCUUAUCAGAGGGCAGAUCUACCUGGUGAAUUGAGAAUACAAAGUAUUUGGGCCAAACUAGAUUCAACCAGUUAGGAAUCACAUUGUCAUCCCAAAUAAGAAUGGUUUUCCAGGAAUCCAUUGGGAGUGCUUCUCAGAAGCUUAUAAUUGAACAACUGAAAAGCAAUCCACUGGUAAAGGUGACAGGUGACAACCUAGAUAUAUAUAUUAAAAGAUCAAAACUGACUUCAGACAAUAGAAACCUGGAUCUCCAUCUGUUCACCUCCAACAUUAUCUUUAGUCGAGUUGCUACCGUUGACAUGAGUACUGAUAUACCUCAUACUGAUGUUUCGAAGUUAUCUGCUGAUGAUGUUCUACUCAAAGAAAAUGACCCAGAAAGACUUAAAUUUAUGGAUAUAUGCUGUGUACUGCUUUCCAGAAUAUUAUGUCAACUACCAUAUUUUGAGAAAUAUGAGAAGUUUUUGCCCAAACAUAUUCCACAUGAAUUUUCCCAGAAAAUGGCUGUAGCUUCCAAUGUGAUGCCAUUACCCAUUCAGUUUAAAAAUGAAGCAAAGCAUGAAGAUUGUUUGGCAAUUAUGGAUGCUUAUGAGGACCAGAUUACAACACUUUACCAAGCUGCCUUUGGUAAUUUAGAGAUUCUCAGAAAAUACCAGGUAGUUGUCGGGGGAGACCAGCUAACACGAGUGAGGUUACAGGAAGCAAAAAAUCUGCGAAGCAUUUCCGUGACACCUGAGAGAAGAUAUGAUGAUUUAAAUCCUAUCGUCUUUGAGAUGUGGCAUAACAAACAAGACUUUUUAGAGAAAUGCUUCAAAUGCUUAUACAAGGAUGAGAACUCUCCUGGAACUCUCCACUACUUCAAAACAAUUCUGCAUCGCACAAAUGUGAAUGGACGGGUGAAAGGUAGAUUCCAACCCCAUUUUGAUCUUUUAAUGACAGUAGGUGAAGGACUGGUUAAAGAGCAAUUUAUGGAAUUUUUCCAAAUGGAAAACAAGUACAGUGAACCAAACCACAAGAAUUUUGAAGAUAUUAAUAGCAAGUCUUCCGAAGAACAGAAAUCUUUAUUAUUGGCUACUGUGAUUGAUUUCAUGAAGUAUUUUGGAUACUGCAAUGCAGAUACAGCUGAAGGCCUUCCUCAACCACUAAGGGGUUCAUUACAAUAUCAAGUGCAAAAAGUAGGUGAUGAAAAUCAGUGGAUCUUAAUUCCAUUUCAUGAAACGCCACAGAGCGAUGAAGUGUUUAAUUACGCCAUGCAGCUCUGCCAUUGGUUUCUGCAGAUUUUAGAGCUACAUGAUACAGCAAAGGAAGGUGAUCUGAAUCGAACAGUUCUAAACUGUAAAUAUUCAAUAAGCAAAUACCUAGUGGAGAAUGUUGACUAUUUAUUGAAAACAGAAUUUUUUUUGUCUCCUUUACAACGCAUUCGAGUUUUGGAAGGGUCUUAUGUUAACAUUUGGGGAGGUCAUGGCAAAAACGUUGAGUGUGACUUAGUUCAAGAGCACAGUGUUUGUAAUCAAAAAGCUCUAAUUAAGGCAUUGGGAGCAAACAAGAGUGAUAAAUCCAUUUCUCGUGUGACUGUGUCAGCUGAUGCAAUCGAUGAAAUCUGCACAAAAUUUGAUGAAAGUGUAAUUUUAAAGCCAAAAAGUGGCAGGCAUUCCUCUACAGUAUCCGAAACAGACAAAGACACUGUUUAUAAAAAACUGAGAGACUUAAGACCAUUUCAACACCAUCCUUUCAGAAAAUGUGUAGGUUUUUCGAACAUAAGUCCUGUUCCACUAUCUAUAGAGGAAAUGCCUAAAAUGAAAGAGAGACUACACCAAAUUAUAACCAGACUUGCACGAGGUUUUCAAAUACUGGAAGUGGAAGAGGAUGGCAUUGAUCCUGACAAUGAACUCUAUGAUAAUCCAUUGUAAGGCUGUAACUGGGGAAAUGGAUCUUGGUUAACUUACAUGAGUUAAUGUAGCCUUAUUUAUUCAAAAAUAUGAUAUUAAUCAAUAAAGGGCAAAAAUAGA